GGUGCUGGUUUCUCUAACCGGCCGGUUUGCCAGCCAUGGAGUUGCGUUCAACUGUAGCUCCUAUGAUGAGCCCGCGUCAUCGAUGCCAAACAAAAAAAACCACGGAAUUGGGAUGGCCAGACAUCGCAUCAGCUUUUCUGAUUUUUCUCAGUGUGUUCAUCACACUGCUUGAAACCUGUUACAUUUCUCACACUGAUUUGCGUAUAUUUGCUAAUUACGCUCAGGCUGCGUUUGCAGCUUGUUUCUGCACUCAGCAGGGAUACAAUUUGUAUACUUUUGUCUCUGAGCAAGAGACUUCUGUUGCUGAAAGCGUGGAGGCCUUCUUCACACGUGGCAAAGAUGCGUUUUGGCACGUGUUUGAUGCCGUGUUGAACAUUGUCAGCAUUUUGGAUAUCUUCGUGGAUACUUGGGAGGGAAGAUUUGUGCACGGGCUUGCAGCUAUGCGAGUUGUCCGUGCUUUCCGACUUUUCCGCAUUUUUGCAUCAAACAAGUUCCUGAAUGACUUCAGCAGGGUCAUGCACACUGCCUUGCUGCAGAUGCUGAAUUUUUGCCUGGUGAUAGUGCUUUCAUUGACGUUGGCAAGUGUGGUAGCCACCAACAUGUUGUGGGACUUCCCCAAUGAGCAGGUAGCUGACAGCUAUGCAGAUCUUGGCACCACGAUGUGGACGCUUUUCAAAAUCAUGACAAUGGAUGGCUGGACGACCAAAAUCCAACCAUGUUUGGAACUUCACCCAUCUUUGCUGUAUUUCUUUGCCCUGUUUGUGUUUUUUUCCUUGUCAUCAAUCUCAAUUGUACCAGCCAUUUUUAUCGAACUUCUUAUUGAAGAAAGGGACAAGAGGAAACUGGAGAAACGGCGGAAAAGAAAAAAGAGAAGACGUGCAAUGCAACGCGCUAUCAGCAUGCGAGAAAUCGCAGACCACGACUCCUCCGAUUCAUCCUGCCAUUCAAGCUCCGAGUCUUCAGUGUCUGGACAUUGGGGCCCAAUGGGGCGAGGCUCACUUUUCACUGGCCAUGGGCAUCCAGGUCAGAACGAACUUUGGUUUGCUAUCAAUGGUGUGCUUCUUGAAUGGCAAAAAGGACAUGUGGCUGAAACAUCCUGGAGCGUUGACCAGGACAACCAUCAGUACAAUCCAUUGCCUUCCUUCGGCGAAGAAUUUCAUGAGCUGCGAGAGCGGCCAGAGGUCAGCAAAAUGAGCACUAUCAGCGGUAUCAGCGAUCUUCAAAAGGACAUACAAUUGAUGCAACGACACCUAAUUGAAAAGAUGGAGCAGCUUGAAAAUGAAUUGAUUCAACGACUGGAAAGGCAAUUUCCAAAACCUUCCAGCUCAUUGCUACAUUUCACUGAACGAGCUCAGCCUGAAAGACCAGCCAGUUCGGUUCCAAGGGUGGAUUUUACAAGCAGAGAAACCAGCAUGGACUCGUUUCCAGAUCCCAUGUUCUGGAGAGAAACUAGUAUGGACCAUGUUGAAGGCAAUCAGACAGAGUCAAAGGACUGGCAGGAAGUAAAAUCCGUACAAAAUGGGGAGAAGACUGACACUGCCGGACCUGCUGGACUGGACUUUCCGGCUUCCAGUUCUUGGUAUAAUGAUCAUGUCCAACACGAAGAUCACCAAGGGGAAGCCCGUGAAGGAGGUCUUGAAGGCGAAGUGCUGGAGAAUUCUGAUUUGGAUCAGAAGGAGAAGUGUCCCAAAGAUCAGAAUGACAUGGAGAACGUGGAGAACGUGGAGAAUGUGGAGAACGUGGAGGACAUGGAGAACAUGGAGAACUUUGAAGCAGAAGCAGGAGAUGAACAAAGGAGGGAACCGUCGCUAGAACAGGUAGUCUGCGAAGAUGAAGCACCAGUGCAGGUUCUUGUGCAUCCUUCCCCAGACACAGGUGAGUGAAACCAGAUUGAUUUGAAGUAAAGGACUGGCACCUUGAUUCAAGGCAAAGUCUCCUUGGACUCUUGCGUGACACAAAGUCCUGAAUUGCGAAGCCAAGAAGUGUUUUCAAAA